CCUCGUGGAAAGAAGAGAGCCGCGGAUUCUGCUAAAGAAGAGGCAGCAGCCGCGAAGGAAGACACCGACACUGGACAUGAACCUGUGUCAGAACCCUCUGCAGCUGCCCCGGCAGUGAAGAAGCUUAAAUCCAAGGGAAAAGUGUCUUUCCGAGUGAAAAUCGAGCACUGCAAGAGCUGACGCGUGUACAAGCGCAAUGCCGACCAGCUGGCCGAGGUGUUGCGAGCAGAGUUCCCUUCUGUCGUUGUGGAGACCGCAGUGGGACGCAGUAAAAGCUUCGAGUGUACAGUUAUAAAGGAUGAUGGGAAGGAGAUGUUAGUGUGGACAGGGAUAAAGAAGGGUCCACCCCGCAAGCUGAAGUUCCCUGAACCUAGUGUGGUGGUGGAGGCCAUUAACAAGGACCUGUAAAAGCUAGAAAAGUCAGGACAGACUGCCCGUGACCCAUGUCUGAUGGAGCGCUGAUGACGGGAGCAGCAGAAAGGUUCCUCCUGGCCUCUCCCUGAUGACCAGCCCACCAAACCUGGCUCACCCGUACUCUGUCCUUGUGCUGGAACGACUCUUCUUUACCCUGUUUUGUACCCAUAGUGUAGAUUUAACCACGUAGAGCUAGUAAAAAAGAUACAUGUAUGCUAACAAGUUCAAGUUUUCUAAAUUCAUGUAUUUUGUAACCAGUUGUGUUCUGACCAAGGGAAAAAUUUGUGUAGAUUUCCUCUUGAUAACAUUUGUAGCAUUCAGCAAGAUCAUGUCAUGUAGUGUCAGAUGAUUUCCUAAUUCAAUGUUAAAUGUAGAACUAACAUGAAGUCAAUCAAGGUCAUAAAACAUUAUUUUGUUACAACAUGCAUGAUUAUUUUCAAUUACAAGUGCUGUUUUUCUCAUGUCCAGGAGCAUUCCACAUUUUAUACACACUGUCAUGUUAUAGUAAUGAACUUUGUGUCAAGCUGCCAUACUAGUAUUUUUGUCCGUACUUGGAUUUUAUACUGAAUGAACAAACUUGUAUUUUGUCAUGUGGAAAUACAAAUAACUCAUGUUAGGUUUGCAAGUUAUGGUGUGUUGUUGUGUUUCCUUUCUUCCUGUGUGAACUUUUUGGGAAGGGGCAAAAGCAUUCCAUAUUGUGUGUCAAGUUUUAUCACAAUUAAAAUGGUCUGUAUUUAACAUAAACAUCCUUCGUAGUAACCCCUGGCUUUUCGCUCCCGUAGUUAGCAAGCGAAAAGAUUGAACUAGGGGUUACUAUGGAGGAUGCAUGUAAUACUGUAUUACCUUGGUCAAUAGAUUUGUUAAGACACAGAAGCAUCAUUUGUUGCAAGAAAAAGUAUGGAGAGAAUUUGUAAUGUAAUACUCAUACAGGAUAAGAACAUUUCUCAUAACAAUGAAGAAGACACUUCAUCAAUGUCACAUAUAUAAUCAUUAGAAUAUAAUAUGUCCAGGCUAAUUCUCGCAAGGAAAACAAAACCCCAGCCUGAUGAAAAGAAUCAAUACAAACUAGUGAGCAGACAUUUUGCUGGUGGAAGCUGAUUUCAGUACCAAGGACAGACAAAUCCAUUGAUCAUUUUUCACAGUCCCAGGGAGAUAAGGACCUAUUAGGAAAUCUUACUAAAAUGGUACUAUAUAUAUGGAUUGCUCCAUGAACGUUACUCCCACCAGAAAGUAUCAUAUGUGCCAUGUUAAAAAAAAGAUUCCAACAAUAGUUUCACCCCCUCCACAUGAAGUGAACUCGUCCGCUAUAGGUCAAAGUGCACAAAUGACAACAUGGCGGAUUUUAGACGAAAACUUUCUGGCUGAUGAAAACCAGAAUUACCAGAUAUGUAAGAAUCCGCCAUGACAACACUCCUCCUGGCCUACUGCUUCCCAUGUUCAGGGAACCUGGUAACAGCUGAGAGGAUAAGGACAUUUUUAGAAAGUGGUGGGCACAGAAGUAUCAGAAAGUGUGUCAGUGACUUUGAUAGCUGCAAGGAACUCUGGGAAUUCCUCAGCAACAAUGACAUCAGGUGCAUUAUGGGAAUCAAUGCCUACAGGACUGGGCAUCUACUCAGGGACUGCCCAGUGCCAUUUGGCCUAGUGUUUGGAGGGACUGACCUGAAUGAAAGCACAGUAAUACCAGAACGUAUGGAGCUCAUGACAGCUACUGUCAACAACGCCAGAUUUCUGGUCUGUUUCUCAAAGGAGAUGAAACAACAAGCCAUAAACCUCUGGCCCGAUAUUGUUGACAAGAUCCACAUUCAGCCUCAAGGUGUUUGUACAUAUGCUUCCUCACCGUCUCACCUCAGGGAUAUCUUAACUGCUUACAGAGCUGCAGAGUUUGGUUCAUGUUCAUGUGGUUGUACAGAAGAUUUAAAUGACUCCACAAAAGUUUUCCUACUUGUAUGUGGACUAAGACCAGUGAAGGAUCCAAUACACCUGCUGCAAGUAUUUUCUGAAUGGCACAGAUAUGACAGCAGGGUACUUCUUAUUGUUGUAGGACCAGAGAUGAAUUGUGACUAUGCAAGAAAAGUAAAAGAUGAAAUCUACAGGUGUGUAGGCAUCCUACUGCUGCCCCCCCUCCCCCAGGCUGAACUGCACACACUCAUGCUGCUCUCUUGUGCUGUGGUCAACUCCUCCGUUAGUGAAGGGAUGUCAGGAGCCAUCUUGGAGGCUAUGUGUUUGGGAGUGCCUGUUCUAGCCAGGGACAUUGCUGGCAAUGCUGCUAUCAUCACACACAAGGAGACAGGACUGCUGUUCAACAGCCCUGAGAGAAAAUCAAUGGAGACUGCCUUGAGAGGCGAUACGCUGAACCGUGUCCCCUCUCUAAAUAUUGAAAGCCCCUUUAUUGAGGUUGGGAGCCCCUAGCCCAAAUCACAGAUGAAGCAUUGCCAAUGCGUAAAAUCUGAUCCAUUCUCGGAAAAUUGUAUCCCUUUGGUGGCACCUGUAAUACGUGAGUCGCUUCUAAAUGACACCCAUUAUUCCAGGCUUUCACUACAUGUACCCAAGUGCCUCUCCAGAAAUUUGGCUGGGGCAUACCAUUUCUGUUAUAGGUAUGCCUACUUUGUAUGUGGGUAAAUUUAUUACAGUUGUUAGAAUCUCAGCUUGGAUUUGUUUGUAUGUUUGGUCAUAUUGUAAUUAAUUGAAAAGUUUGAGUAAAAAAAAUCACAUCUCAGUGUAAGUCUAUGCGCAUAUAGGAUAAUUGAAGAGUUUGAAUAAAAAAAAUCACAUCUCAGUGUAAGUCUAUGCGCAUAUAGGAUUACUUGGUAUUAAAUUAGUGAUGCCAAUAUGAAUUACUUCUGCCAGACUAAUGAGUCAAAUGACAUUUGACAAUUUCCAUGUGAUUUUACCAUAUUGUUCUCCCACCCCAUUCCCUAAAGAGAUCUCCUGUGUAUAUGAUUAAUAUCAUCUGAUUUACUUUAUUCUGUUUGCAUGAAAGGCUAGCCACCUUUGCUUCUUUCUAUUUAGAUAUGAUAAUAUCUCCCAUGUGAUUUGAUAUGUCCCAUGUGUUUUUCACUCUAGUUCCAAUACCUGAUGCUGGCAAAAUGAUUCCUGAAAUAAGUGAAAGGAAUAUGCCAGAACAAAUGUUGGCAUUUCAUUAACAUGAUCAGAGUCAUUCCCCUGUAGGGCCACUAAAUUCAGUUUGUGGAUCAAGGUUAAAUAUGGGAUAAAAGACAAAAAUUAAGCUGCUGGGAGUCACAAGGAUAUCUCAAUUCAUCUUAUUCUAUAAGGUCUAUAACCUCCUUGGUCUGACCUCAGACAUGUAGGUAACACUGAGGGGUAAAGGUGAAAUGAAGGAAGGGGCAUUCCAUUUGUAAAGGUUGGAGAGGGCCAGAAUGUGAUAUUUCUUCAUCCAUCUUGUGAAUUUCUAUAUUUGAUUUGC